ACCACCGCCAAUUUGAAUGCCCAGUCCCCUCGGCCAGCAACGAGGCCGAUGUCUUCUUCUCUCCCUCAGCCUCCCAUCCAGUCCAGAUCCUACGCCUCUGUCACCUCAGAGACUAUCACCCAGGACGGCCACAGGAGACCUGCACCGCCACCCGUUUAGCUCAUCAAGAGAGCCGGAUCCAUUCUGGGUGGAGGUGAGAACAGGGGCCGCAACUGGACGGUCAUCACGAAGCCAUCAUACUUGUCAGACACACAACCCAUCUCUCACCAGCUCAGAGUUAGGAGAGGAAGAGGAGCAGGAGGAGGAGGACGGGGAGGGGGAGGAGGAGGAAGAGGAAGAAGAAGAGGAGGAGGAGGACGUGGAAGAUGGUGACGAAGAAGGCGGCGGCGUGACAGAGGUGACGGGUCAAACCGUGACCCCGGCAGUGGUGCUGGCUUGUGUUCCUUUCGGGGAGAGGAGGAUGAGUAAAAGAGAGAAGAACAGGAUUAAGUGUCUGAGGAGGAGGCAGAGGAGAAGGGAGAGGUGGAGACAGAGUCAACUGCAGGAGAGCAGACAGAGUUCAACAGGAAACCCAUCCAGCAGCAGCAGCGAUGAUGAUGAGGACGUGAGUGCCGGGGACAGAGAAGGUUACAUCUGCGCCGUGUGCUUGGAUGUGUACUUCAGCCCUUACAUGUGCCACCCUUGCAACCACAUCUUCUGUGAACCCUGUCUGAGGACGCUGGCUAAGAACAGCCCCACCAACACGCCCUGCCCCCUCUGCAGAACAAUCAUCACACAUGUCUUCUUCCAGAAGGAGCUCAACCAAACAGCAAGAACAUUCUUCCCAAAGGAAUACCUUUCCCGGAAACAGAAUUUUCAGAAAGCGAGUUGUGCAAAGUGGCCUCUCCCAAGCUGCAGAAAACUCUUCCGUAUCUUUGGAGGCUUCCAGAGGCAGUCCAGUCCCAUUGCAAGACGCCAGUUCCCCCAUGGAGGAGGCUACCGUCUGGAUGCAAUGGAUUUUGAGGAUGACUCCCGAGGCUGGCGCUUUGACAUGGACAUGGUCAUCAUCUAUAUCUACUCAGUCAACUGGGUUAUCGGCUUCUUCAUAUUCUGCUUCCUUUGCUACCUCUUCUUCCCUUCUUUUUGACAGUCCUGGAAACGCAGUGAAAGGAAAAGUUGAAGACACUCAAAGAUGAAGGUUAAGUAAGGAAUUUAAGAUGAAGCAGAGGUCAGGCAAGUACAUACUAAAUAUAUAGGGGAAAGAGGGAAACUGAGCUGUAGAGUUAAAUGAGGAGACUAUGCGUGAAUUUCAAGCAGGUUGGAUGGUGUGGUGGAGGGAAAACAACAGUGUGCCAGCUUGUAGUCUCUCAUUAAUAAAUGAUUGAAAUGGGGGAGUGAUGUAGGGAGAUGUUUGGGAAUCCAAUGUUCUCUGUUCCCUGUCUCCACACGAUGCACAUGUAAUGUGGGUUGCACAACAUGUCCUGUGCCUCUAUGGAUGGGAGUUAAUACAGCUUCAAAAUUGUGGUGUUUUACUUUCAACAUAAUCGCAUUACAGUCUUUCAAUGCUUAGCAUUUUGAUUGAUUUUGAUUAGGAGCUGCCUGAACUACUCCAAGUCAGAUUAUCCUCAAUGAUAUUAAUUACUAGACAUUUUAUGGAGUAACACUUUGAAUGGAAAAUUCUAGUUUACUUUUCUUCAGGUGUACACUUACUAACCCAAAAUGUUAACUCAUGUUGAGAUGUGCAAAAACACAAGCAUAAACAACUCUUUGGUAAUUAAGCAGAGAUUUUGAAGAUUUCUAUAGUACUUGUUUAUAUUUUUGGCCCCAAACCCAGAACAUAAAACAGUAGUACCACAGAUACUGAAUAUUGCCAUUAUAGAAAUACAAUGCAAAUCAUAGUUUAAUUUAAAAAUCACAAUAACCAAACCACAAUAAAACAAAAAAACACAAAACAAAACAAAAAAACACCUAUGAAAUUACACGAGUGAGCAUCACUUUUUGGGUGAAUUUUCACAUUACAUGCACUGGUAUGAGUUUACACCAAUUGCUUAUGGUUUAAUGAGCCUCUGUGUCCCAGUUUACCACCAUACACCAUAGCCUUGCUACUAAAACCUUUUUAGUUGGCACUUGAAUUUAUACAAUGCAGUAUGUCUUUUUUCAGUGAGAGUUAAUUUUGUGUUGUGUUCCCCUGGAGGGAAUACAUAUUUGGUUUUACUAAGUCACUGUAUUUUAUAGCAAAUAAAGUUUACACAGGAACACAUACAUACAGGUAUGUAGACGUGGCUUUAAAAUAAAAUUUGUAAAUUUUAAGUGAGACCAUUUGUUAUAGCCAAACAAAUGACUUGAGACAUUUCAAAUUUUAAGCCAUAGAUACCAAAUAUUCUUUUAUUAGUGCUUUUCCGAAGGGCUUCACUUUCAUUUUCCAUUUGCAUCAGUGUGAAGUAUGAGGUGGGCUUUGAAUCUCUAUGUGCUCUCAGUGCACAUGUAGGUAUAACUUUACAAUACCAGUAAAGUUUCUGUAAUUUUUAACCCAUGAGAUGAUAAUGAUUAUGAUAAACGUAUUACAAAUGAAAUAAAUAAAAAUAAUCACACACUUGUGAACAGUAAAUCACUAAUUUGCUGAUAAAUCUAAAUCAUUCAUUAAUGAGGAGCUAAUAAUUUUCACAUUUACACACAUUUGUGAAAUAUUAAUUAUUUACUGAUAUAAUGAA